GAGAGAGAGAGGGGUCUGGAGAUCGCCCGAUAAGCUGCAGAGUAGGGAGAAGAAGAUGUCGCGCAUGGCGCUGUUGGCGUUGCUCUCGACCCUUCUCGCCCUGUCGGCGGUGCGCGCCGAGGACCCCUACCUCUUCUUUACGUGGAACGUCACCUACGGCACCAUCGCCCCUCUCGGCGUCGCUCAGCAGGCCAUCCUCAUAAAUGGGCAGUUCCCCGGACCCAACAUCAACUCCACCACCAACAACAACAUCGUCCUCAACGUCUUCAACAAUCUCGAUGAGCCCUUCCUGUUUACAUGGAACGGAAUCCAGCAGAGGAAGAACUCAUGGCAGGAUGGCAUGCCGGGAACCAACUGCCCCAUCCCUCCCGGCACGAACUACACCUAUCAUUUCCAGGUUAAGGACCAGAUCGGGAGCUUCUUCUACUUCCCCUCCCUCGGCAUGCACAGGGCCGCCGGGGGCUUCGGCGGCCUCCGUAUCAACAGCCGCCUCCUCAUCCCCGUGCCAUUUGACGACCCUGCUGACGAUUACACCGUCCUCAUCGGUGACUGGUACACCAAGAGCCACAAGGUCCUCGCCGGGAUUCUCGACGCCGGCCGCAGCAUCGGCAACCCCGCCGGCGUCCUCAUGAACGGGCUCUCCGGUAAGGACGCCACCGGCAAGGACGACCCGCCGCUCUUCACCAUGGAAGCCGGGAAGACGUACCGCUACCGGAUCUGCAACGUCGGCUUGAAGUUGUCGCUCAACUUCCGGAUUCAGGGCCACCUGAUGAAGCUGGUGGAGAUGGACGGGUCGCACACCGUGCAGAACGACUACGAGUCCCUCGACGUCCACGUCGGGCAAUGUCUCUCCGUGCUCGUCACGGCCAACCAGGAGCCCAAGGACUACUACAUGGUCGCCUCCACACGAUUCACCAAGUACAUGCGGACCGCGACCGGCGUCGUCCGUUACGCCGGCUCCAAAGUUCCACCAUCGCCCGAGCUGCCGGCGGGGCCCGUCGGCUGGGCCUGGUCGCUCAACCAGUGGAGGUCGCUCCGGUGGAACCUCACCGCCAGCGCCGCCCGGCCCAACCCCCAGGGCUCCUACCACUACGGCAGCAUCAACAUCACCCGGACCAUCAAGCUCGCCAGUUCCGUCGGUCUCGUCAACGGCAAGCGCCGCUUCGGGCUCAAUGGCGUGUCGCAUGUGGACUCCCCCACCCCGCUCAAGCUCGCCGAGUACUACGGCAUCUCCGACAAGGUGUUCAAGUACGACAGCAUCGGUGACGAGCCACCGGCGUCCGGCGCCAGCAUCACGGUCGCUCCCAACGUCCUGAACGCCACCUACAGGGACUACAUCGAGAUCAUCCUGGAGAAUCCCGAGAGGAGCAUUCAGUGCUACCAUUUGGACGGCUACUCCUUCUUCGCCGCCGGGAUGGGACACGGGAAGUGGACGCCGGCGAGCCGGAGGACCUACAAUCUUCUGGACGCGGUGAGCCGGCACACGAUACAGGUGUACCCGAGGUCGUGGUCAGCGAUCAUGCUGACGUUCGACAACGCGGGGAUGUGGAGCCUGCGGUCGGAGCUGUGGGAGCGGCAUUACCUGGGGCAGCAGCUCUACAUCAGCGUGGUGUCGCCGGCGAGGUCCCUGCGGGAUGAAUACAACAUGCCCGACAACACGCUGCUCUGCGGCGACGUCGUCGGCCUCCCGAAGCCACCGUCCUACGUCUAAAGCGAACGCGAGGCCGGCGGGGAUAAGCCUUCCUUCCUCUUCGUCUGUGGACAGGGACAACACAUAUGAUCGUAAUGGUGUUUGUACUAAUCGAGAGGGAGGGAAGGGGGAAAGAUCCGAGAGACUAAUUUGCCUGUUCUUUUGUGACAUUUUCUUCUCUCGAUUGGCUUGGUUCUUCUAAUACUAUAACAACGCUUGCUCGAUCUUAC